GCUGAAUCGACGUAUCUCUCGUGAUAAACCUCACGGAACCUGUCGCCUGUCACCGUUUACAUCCCAUCGAUUUUACGUACCUACAACAAUGACGUCAGAUGAUUGACUUUUACCUAAACAUCACGUAAAUUCAACAGUGUAAAUUCAGCCGUUAAAGGCCUUCUACAGAAAAACCAAGAAAGUUAGAUAAUGGCCGCUGUUCCUUUGAUGUUGCUGGAGGAGGAUGUUGAACGGGGUGGCAAGGAAAGAUCCGAUCAUGAGAUAGAGGAUGACUUUGCCUACAGGAACAAUGUGCAUAAUGCAGAUAUCAAGAUACGAAUGGGCUUCUUGCGGAAGGUUUAUGGUUUACUGACCAUCCAGAUCCUGAUGACGGUCGCGCUGGCCUCAGUGUUUGUCAUGAGCUCGACCGUGAAAUUAUACGUGAAGGAUAACCUAGGGUGGAGCAUGAGUUUAGUGUUUUUCUUAACAAUGGGAAUUUUAAUCGCUUUGAUGAUCAAAAGGAGGGAUCAUCCUGCCAACUUGAUCCUCCUAGGCGCAUUUACGCUGGUGAUGGCGUAUAACGUCGGAGUCAUGGUGUCUAUGUACGAUACCACAGUCGUCCUGGAAGCUCUGUUCAUAACACUGACAGUUUUGCUCAGCUUGACAGCUUACACCUUUCAAACCAAACGAGACUUCUCAUUUCUAGGAUUUGGAUUGUUCAUCGGACUCUGGUGCCUCUUGCUCGGAAGUGUGAUGCAGAUCUUCGUUCAGAGCACCGCACUGGAAUUGGCCAUGAGCAUCGGAGGUGCACUGUUGUUCUGCCUGUUCAUUGUUUUCGACACGCAACUUAUAAUGCACACUCUCUCGCCCGAGGAGUAUAUUUUGGCGACGAUUAACAUCUAUCUAGAUAUAAUCAAUUUAUUCUCUCAUAUAUUACGAGUGCUUGCUAUUUCAAGGCAGUAAACAGUAUUCGUCAUGGGUAGCGACUGUUUAUACACGACUUGAAGGGUUCUGUUCGGGGCCGUUAGGGACGUGCAACAGUCGCUACCCAUGACAAUCGUCGCAAUGUCGACGAUACGUAUAUACGCGAAAUCCAGGUCUAUACAUAAGCUUGUAUUUUUUAUCAAGUGUUUUUAGCUCUUGAAAUAUAAUUAGGGUGAUGUUUUCUAGUAUCAGAUAUAAGGAAUUGUCUGUGAAUGAAAAAGAGACAAAUUUGACAGUUUUGUUUUUAAUAUUUUAUUGUGACAAACGCAAAAAUAUAUCAAAAUUACGAUGUUUC